CCACUCCGGUUUUACAAAGUCCUUGGCACGAUAGUAUAUAAAGAGAAUGUUGAAAUGCUCCUGAGCAGUGAUUUUCAAACAUAGCAAUGAAGAGAGUAGCAGUUACUUUAUGCGCGGUUUUAUCCGUUGCACUAGCGGCUCAAGAAGUUGAAAUACCGAGGAACAUCAAACGCUGCACACGCGACUCCGACAAGUACAACGAAUGCCUCAGAGACGCUAUCCAAGAUGGUAUAUCGAAAUUCGCCAAGGGAGUCCCAGAGCUCGGUGUACCCGUUCUGGACCCUUACCUAACCGAAUUACACGAAGUGACGUACGGAAAUGGUUUUAUCAACGGAAAAAUGACGGUGAAAAAUGCGAACACUUACGGUACGUCCAGGGCUCGAGUUUUGGGCGUAAAGGCGACCGUCGGUGAGGGUAGCCAUCGUUUAGAAAUCGACGUCUUGUUCCCCAGAAUAUUGAUCGAGGGUGAAUACAAGGCAGAAGGUAGACUGAACGAGUUCGUCAUCGGAGGAAAAGGCUUCUUCAACGUGAGUAUGGAGGGAGUCAGAACCAUUUGGGACAUCACCGGAAGCGUCGAGGACGACAGAUGGGUCAUAAAGCACUUCCGUAUGCUUCCGGAAGUCGAAAAGAUGAAGGUCUACUUCGACGAUCUCUUCAACGGCAGCGAAAGCAUCAAUACCGCAGCACGUGGUUUCAUAAACGAGUACUGGUCGCUAUUCUACAAAGAAUUAUUGCCCGUGACCGCCGUCGAGUGGGACAAGCAGAUGACAGCCUUCUUGAACGUAAUCUUCUCAAAAUUGUCCUACUCAAAACUCUUCGCUUGAUAAUCGUGUGUGUAACGAGAGAGUCGACGAUACGACCGGUACGAGGUGGUGAGAAAAUUGCGGGCGGAGGACCAGUUCGUUGGACAAAUUUCCAGAAAAUUAUUUAUUUCGAACCGCGAUCCGAUCUAAGCAGCAUUGAUAAUUCCUUAGCCGUUAUAUUUUCGAAUAAUGCGAUACGUCGAUUGUUCUUCGUUGUUGUUGUUGUUGUUUUGCUCAUAAUUUAUUACCGGUAGAUCAAUGGCUGAAAUUGUCAACCCGCAAUAUCGUCCUCGCCGAGUCGUUUACGUUCUUCUUUCGCAUACAUGUUUUGUUAAUACUUAGAUAUGUAGGGAAAUAAAGUUAUGAAAAUAA